AUGGGAGCUCAGCAGAGUAUCGCGGUUCAGCGAGAACUCAAACAAUUGAGAGACAUAGCAUUGCUCGACAGAGACACCGUCGCGAAAAUGAUUAUCGAUUUGAAUGAAGCCGGUCUGAAUCUCAAAGGACGUGAGGUGCGCGUCGAUGUCGUUGGGUACACUGAUGAUCAAAUCCUCUGGAGGAGGGGAAUCCGUUUUACGUGCCGUGUAAAAGAUCUCCAGUCCAACGAGGAACUUAUCAAGGAGAUAAAUCUCCGUCAGUUCAUCACUGUGUACCAUAAUGUCAUGAUGAGCAAGCAGCUUUCAAAUGUACCAUUGGCACCUCCGCCACGUAGCAGAAAUUCCUCUGAUCCCUCAACAGACGACGAUCUCUGCUGCGUUUGUUUGGACCGUCUUCCUCAAGUUUCUCUACCCUGUGCGCACUCGUUCUGUCCAAAUUGCAUUCAAGAAUGGCAAUUGAGGAGCAAUUCGUGUCCGCUAUGCAGAGAAGAAUCUUCGGUGGAUGAGCAGUGGCUUCUGGAGGAGGCACCCGAUUUGACAGAAAUGGAGAGAGAACUCCGCAUAACUCUCGCUAAUUUGUUACGCUCCUAGAUGUUAUCUGAACGUUCCUGGAAGUUAUCCGUAGAUGGAAUAUUGAGCCAAUCGCCACCGAAGCAUCCAAGAGCUUUUAUUACGAAUGCAAUUCACUCGUGGUGCCAGACCCUGAAUAUAAACACCCCUGUGAGUGUUCUU